AUGACGGAGGGAUUGUCAUCACCUGCUUUGCAGGUAAUCAUAUUGGGUUCAGGAGGUGGUCCCCAAGAGUCAAAUACAACGGCGUUUCUCGUUCGCUCAGUACCCCAGAACUGGCGCAAGGGCUCAAUAGUAGCCGUUGACGGAGGCGUUCACUUGUCAGCCAUCACUCGUCUCAUCGAAGAGGCCUUGCCAGAGUCACCGCCGCCAACACCGACGCCGUCGUCUGUUCCUGCUCGCCAAAUAUUAACCACCGGUCCCUUUGCUGGCCUGGAACUGCCGUUCACCACGGCUGCGGCAAAUGCUGCUCAUGUGACACGAACCCUCGUCGACACCUAUCUCAUCACCCAUCCGCACUUGGACCACAUCUCUGCCUUCGUCAUCAACACGGCAGGCUUGCCCGGUACUCGCCCCAAGAAGCUAGCAGGUCUUCCGGGCACUAUCAAGGCUCUCAAGGAACACAUAUUCAACAAUGUCAUAUGGCCAAAUCUUAGUGACGAAAAUAAUGGAGCCGGCCUCCUGACGUAUCUUCGACUAGUCGAGGGCGGAAGUCCUGCGCUGGGUGAAGGAUAUUUGGAAGUGUGUGACGGGUUGCUCGUCAAGACAUGGAGUGUGAGCCAUGGCCACUGCAUGGAGAAGCACUCACACCGUGGUUCCUUCUGCCACCCAGCGCCGACUCGUCAAGGUAGCCAGGAUGGGUCAAGUAUACCGCUUCGACGUGAUACAUACUACCCGCAUGUUCAUGACUUUGCAACUCAAUUCGCUCGUCGCGAAACUUUCAACCAUCUUUACCCCCCUACAUCCUUCUCACGGCGCCAGAGUAUGAUGCCCCAGGCUGCGCUUGGCAUUGCCACGCCCAUAUUUGGAGGAGGGGGAGAGUUUGAACCACGGCCCUGCGUCAACGACUCAAGUGCGUACUUCAUUCGGGAAGAAACAUACGAGCGCGAGGUGCUCAUUUUUGGAGACGUGGAGCCGGAUAGCCUUUCUCUCAGCCCGCGGAAUCUACUAAUCUGGCAAGAGGCGGCGCCCAAGAUCGCAUCCGGAAAGUUGGCGGCUAUCUUUGUCGAGUGCAGCUACACUGACGCACAGCCCGACGAGCGGCUAUUCGGUCACUUGAAACCCGCCUAUCUCAUCGAGGAGAUGCAGGUUCUAGCAAACGAAGUAGAGGCCGCACGAAAGGUCCGUGCCCUUGAGUCUAAGAAGCGCAAGCGGGACGCCGAGGAGGACACCGAAGUUCAACGGAAGAAGGUUCCGGUUAUGACCAUGCAGAGCCCCGGUUCGGAUGACCCCGUAUCCCCCAAGUCGGCCAAUCCGUUCAACAUGCCCAACGAUUAUUAUUUCAACGCCAAAGAAUCUGAUUCCGAGACACCGCACAUUGCCACCCCUACUGGGGAGCUAUCACUGGACGAGUUUGCGGUUGACGGCUCGAUGAUACCGCCGCUCACGCCCGCUAUUACUGCCGCCGCCGAUUCUGCUAUAAAGAAGCCCCUUGAAGGUCUCAAGGUUGUCAUCAUUCACGUCAAGGAGACGCUAGCAGAUGGGCCGCAGGCCGGUGACUCAAUAUUGCAGCAGCUGAACGAGCAUGAGCGGGGAGCACAGCUGGGCUGUGAGUUUAUCAUUUCCAAACCGGGCCAGAGCUUUUACUUUUGA